UAUAUUUAGUAGUUAAAUAAAAUAUUUUAAAACCCCACAUUUUUUGUGUUGCAGAAAACCGAAGGAACGCGUUUUUGGAAGAUUGAUUUGAGAGGCUUUCUGGGUUCCGGGAAAGGGAAGGUUCUUGGUCGGUUUGGAAUGCUCGGGCUGUCAAAAGGAAUUUGACAGCCCGAAUCUCUCAAGGACCCAGAUUGCCCGUGAUUCUCAACUUUUGAUCGUUUUGUGCUUCUGGGUCUUAACAAAGUUUUUCUUUUUAUUCGUUUUUAGAGAUUUUGGGUUUUUGUAUAUGGGCGUUGGAUUGAUAUUGGGUAUAUGAGAGAUUUGAGAUUGUUUAUCCAAUAUGUGUUCCUUGUCUGGAAUCCUUCAAAGGCCCCUUGUUGCUGCCGCUGCAGUUGCUGUUACCUCUGUCUCCAUUGAUUUUUCUAUUAGAUUUCCAUCUAAUAAAUUAUCUGGGACUUGUUCCUCUUCCUCGGGUUUUUCGAAUUCGUCAAUCUGUGAUUCCUUGCAAGAAUCAAAAGGGUCAUGGGUUUCGCAUAUUUCGGUUUCUAAGCUUGCAAACUUGUCAUUUGUUUCCAGAAUUCGAGUGCCUGUUCCUAGUGUUAACUUUCCGGUGCCUAAUUUGGCCCAUAAUUUUGUUCCCAGCUUGUUUUAUUCUUGGGUUGCUUGUUCUCCUGUUCUUCUUACUUUAUAUCAAUCUGCCGAGUUGGUUAAAACACCAAGUCCAGUUGCAUAUGCAGAUGAUACACGUACAUCUCCUCCUGAUGUUAUGUACAGAUGGCAUUUGCCUGAGCCGAAUUCAAUAGAUGUUACAGGUAGUUCUGAUUGUUCAUCUGCAAAGUCUAGGACUGUAGUGGUUUUGCUGGGAUGGUUGGGAGCGAAGCAGAAGCAUCUAAAGAGAUACGCUGAAUGGUAUACUUCGAAAGGGUUUCAUGCCAUUACUUUUACAUUUCCAAUGGCUGAGAUUCUCAGUUACCAAGUUGGUGGGAAAGCUGAGGAGCACAUAGACUUGCUUGUGAACCAUUUGGCUGAGUGGUUAGAAGAGGAACAUGGAAAGAACCUGGUGUUUCACACUUUUAGCAACACUGGAUGGUUAACAUAUGGAGCUAUCCUGGAGAAGUUCCAGAAACAGGAUUGUUCCUUAUUGUCAAGGAUUAGGGGCUGCAUUGUGGAUUCUGCACCUGCUGCAGCACCUGACCCCCAGGUAUGGGCUUCAGGUUUCUCUGCAGCCUUUCUGAAGAAGCAUAGUGUAGCCACAAAAGGGGUCACAAGCUCCAGUGAACCAGGACUGCGAGUAUUGGCUGAAAGUAGAGUGGAGCCAAAACCUGCUGUUACUGAAGCAGCUUUGUUACUGGUUCUGGAGAAGGUCUUUGAGGUGGUUCUGAAUCUUCCUAACGUGAACAGGAGGCUUUCCGAUGUGUUGGGUGUAUUGUCCACAAGACAACCAAGUUGUCCGCAGUUAUACAUAUACAGCUCUGCGGACAGAGUUAUUCCUGCAGGGUCUGUGGAAUCAUUCAUCGAGGAGCAAAGAAGGGCCGGUCGUGAGGUUAGAGCUUGCAAUUUUGUCUCCACACCCCAUGUUGAUCAUUUCAGAAAUGACCCAAAACUAUAUACUUCUCAGCUAACCCAGUUUUUGGAGGAUUGUGUUCUUACUUGUUGCAAACAGUCUCGUUAAUAAGAAAGUACCCAAGUUACUAACGAUGACUUAAAUUCUUUUCUCUGAAUUAUACAAAAAAUUUCUUAAUUUAUUGGACUAGAACCUAAAUGAAUGCAACAUGAGGGCUAGCAUUUUGUUCCCUGUUGUAUUCAUUUGAUAUAUAUUGUUUUUUGCUGGAAUUCUUUUGAUAAAUGUUAUACUCAAAUGUAAAAAAAAAAAAACAAGUUAAUCUCUCAUUCUAUACUGUAUAAAUGGUUUAUGUUUUUAGCAUGCCUCAAUUCAAUUUAGUUA